AUGUUGCGCGGUUUUGCUCUACUCGCCGCUGUUCUUCUCGAAUCGGCUACUGCUGGCCCCUGCGAUAUCUACAACGGAGCCAAAACUCCAUGUGUCGCUGCUCACAGCACCGUCCGAGCUUUGUUGGACGCUUACAAAGACGGUCUGUACCAAGUCCAGCGUGCUUCCGACUCGAAGACUCUAGACAUCGCUCCUUUAUCCCCCGGUGGAAAUGCCGACGCAGCCGCCCAGGAUGCAUUCUGCAAGGGCACUACCUGCGUAAUCUCGAUCAUCUAUGACCAGUCUGGCAAGGGCAACCACCUAACGUCCGCUCCCGCUGGUGGAGCCAAGAACCGGCCGGACAGCCCCGCACGGGCUGAUCGUCUUCCCGUUACGAUCGGUGGAAACAAGGCGUACGGCAUCUGGGUCGAAGAUGGCAUCGGUUACCGCAAUAACAAUACCACUGGUAUCGCUACGGGGGACGACGCUGAAGCUAUCUACAUGGUCGCGGACGGCACGCACUAUAACUCUGGCUGUUGUUUUGAUUACGGCAACGCUGAGACUAACAACAAGGACGACGGUGCCGGUACGAUGGAGGCUAUUUACAUCGGCAACAGCACAAUGUGGGGCUACGGUGAGGGUACCGGUCCGUGGAUCAUGGCUGACCUUGAAGACGGUCUCUUUGGUUGUGCCGACAAGUACUGCCGGAACACACCCACGGUGAACAAUCCGUAUCUGGUCGCCAUGCUUAAAGGUCGAUCGGGAGGCACUUUUGCGCUGAAGCAAGGUAACGCCCAGUCUGGUCCUCUUCAAACCACGUACGACGGUGCUCGUCCUAAAGGGUACACGGUUAUGAAGAAGCAAGGAGCUAUUAUCCUCGGUAUCGGCGGUGAUAAUAGCAACUGGGCUCACGGAAGCUUCUACGAAGGCGUCAUGGUAAGCGGUGACCCAACCGACGACAUCGACAACCAGGUCCAAGCCAAUAUUGUGGCUGCCGGCUACGGAGGUGAGUCCGAAGAGCCCAAGACGUUCACUUUUAGCAACGUCGACAGCGAAAGCGGUAGCGCUAGUGAUAGUGUAUAA